GAAUUUAUUUUCAUCAGACAUCAACGUCUCUCAGUAGCAUUCAAAUGUAUUUUAAUCUUUGACAAAUUCAUUGUAUAUUCCAAUUUUAGCAAAGAUUUUACAUAUUUCACACUUUAAGAAAACCAACAGCUCGUAUCUAUUAGAGAUAUAUUUGGUUAUGACAAAGCAUUUGAAACGGCAAAAUGACUUCCAUUGUUGAGAUACCAAAGGUUAAGGGCGAGGAGCCAAUUCCACAAUGGAUGAAAAUAGAUUGGUCGGAUGAGGUCCUUCAUGACAUCUACCGGGAUUGGGGCACCUAUUACUCUCGCCGCCGCCGGGAGAACUUUGCAUUGCAUUAUCUCAACAAAGCUUUAGAUUUGGAGCCCCAUGAUCACAUGACCCUUUACAAGAGAUGCCAGACUAAAAGGAAAGCCGCUCAGAUGCAUGGAGCCUUGCAGGACAGUCGUGAUGCAGCCAAAUUGGCCCGCGAGGCUGAUGGUGAGGAGAAGGCUGUUAUCCAGCUGGACAUAUGCGAUGUCCUUUACGAAUUGAACCAGUUUGAGAACAGCAAGGCGGCUUUGCAUAAUAAUAUGCGUGUUUUUACCGGAAACAAAAGAAAAAGCUUUGAGCAGCGUGUUUUAGUGGUGGACGGUGUUAUCCAGGAUGUGACCGGCGAGGCAAUGACUGCAUUCUUCUCGAAGAACCUAAAAACAGCCAAUAUCGUGAAUGAUUUGAUGAAACAAAAGUUAAAGGUGGACACGAGACCGCUGUGGAAGGUCCUAAAGGAGCAGGGCCAGUGCGAUGUGCAGAGUAUCCAGGAUGUUGAGGAGGAGUUGCUGUCGCCCAUGGAGGUUGCACGCCGAAAGCGUGCCUUUAACAUAUUCCAUCAGUCGUAUCUCAAUGACUCCUGGAUUGAUGUACUCUUCAUGAAGAUGCUGGCCAAGAAUCCCAACCUGCUGCUGCCCCAGUGCAAAGAGUCCUCCUAUUUCCUGUACAAUAUCUCCCGGAAACAAUAUGAAAUCGUGCGCAAGUUUAUGAAAAUGUUGCAAUCACGUAGUCCCCUUUAUUUGGUCAAUUACUUGAAGUAUCGCAAUAAGGCAAUGUCCGAAAGGUACAGGGAGGCUUACCUGUUUCGUGUUCAGUAUCAGACGCAUCGCACCAUGAAUACGGUAUUGAAACAGAUUAAAGUUCUGCGAAAGGCUAAGAAGCCUCAGCUAUUGGCCAAGUACGUGGAGGAGGUGAUGGGCGAUUAUGUGGUGUUGAAGACCUCCCGUGUUAUGUGUUGGAAGUUCGAGUUCAUUAACGAGGUUUACAAUACCUUGGCUUUGGCAUUGGCCGAACAACUUCGUGUGCCAAAGAACUUUAAUCUUACAUCAAGCUCGGCUAUACUCAGAUUGCUGCGCAUGCCCACCGAUAAGGUUAAGGAUUUUGUUUCCUUAGUCUUUGGGGAUCGCUCCACUCACCUUGAGCCGGAUGCCAAUGAUCCAUCAGCAAAUAGGGCCAAAAAUCUAACGGCAAGGCUGGAAAAGCGUAUGGUCUUUGCCAAGUACUCGAUCGAAAAGUGUUAUCUUUUGCACCAUCUUGCCCAAACGCAUUUGGAUCAGGGUCGCCAUUCAGAGUGUACUUUUAAUGCUCGCCGGGCCAUUAGGGAAAGUCAAAACUGCAACAGCAAUCUUUGGAAAUUCUUGAGCGUUGUGCAGAUAGUCAAGGCCAAUGCCAUUCUGCACAAACUGGAGCAGACCAAGGAGGCCCUGGAGGACGCCUUGCCCAUUGCCCGUCUCCUUAAUGACACGGAUCUAGAGCUUUUUGUUGAAACCUGUAUAUUGUGCAACACACAAGAAGCAAUCUCUAAGCGUAACACCAUAAUGGCAUCUCGCCGUGGAAGCAGAGCCGAGUCCACAGCUCAAUCAAUGCUCAGUGACCAGGAGAUGGAACAACGUUACAAAUAAUAUUUUACUGAAUUUUAUUUAGUGCUUGGAUUUACUUUCGGAAAAUAUAAAAGCGCUUUACUCUUUAAGUACUUUA